GAAUCACUUUUGGUAUGAAUUUCGUUUUCUCAGAUUUCGAAUACAAAAAUCGUCAUGUAUGCUUGCAAUCAAAGAGUUGAAGAACUGGAUGGCCCCAGAAACGGUCAAAACUUCUGUGACAACAUUUCCCUCGUCUGCACAAAUAGUCUCAGAACCGCUUGGAGUUGUGUUGGUUAUCUCAGCCUGGAGUUUCCCUUUCUCCAGUCAUUGGAGCUAUUGCAGCUGGUAAUGUCUUCUGAAAUUGCUCCAGCAGCAUCUUCUCUUUUAGCAAAGUUGUUUAGUGAAUGCUUGGACAAUACAACAAUCAGAGUUAUCGAGGGAGGAGUCCCUGAACUGAAACAACGGCACUACUGGAUCAAAAAUGGGACAAGAUCUUCUUCACUGAGUGUUGAGCCACCAUCAAUUAAUAUUUUUAAUGAUUUUAUGUAUGGGAUAGAGAGUGAAAUCUUGAGGAUAUUUCUAGGGAAUGCCUAUGAAUCACUGCUAAGUCGAAGUAGAGAGAUCGAAUCCAUGGCGAGUUUUGUCAGUUCAACGGAAGUCAUCGUCCCAGAAGAAGAAACACGUUCUUUGGAGGAAGAGGUCAUUAAGCUGAUGAAACUUAUGAAUCUUGAGUCUCUUGGAAACAGAGAAUCUCGUUUAACGGGUCUUGAUGAUGAUGGAAACAAAUGGAAACUUGUGCGAAAAACUGUAAAACGCAGAGAAAGAAGAGUCGAACGCAAUCAAGAAUCAGAUGUUAAAGAGAUAUUCAAAACUGCAGCCAGGAAGACUGAGUCUCGGUUCCAGGAGGCUUUGCAAGAAGAAUCGUCAUCUUCUUCAGUGAAAUGGGGUUUUGCAGAGGCUAAAGAUGAAGUAGUUUCUCUUGGGAUCAGAAAUUGGAUCUUUGGGGAGUCUUACAAGAAACAAUCUGCUUUAAUGUACCUGUUGGACUAUCUUCUCUACAAGGCCGAAGAGUCGUUCGCCGCAUCUGUUCUUAUGGAGGAGUGUGGCAAUGAUCAUCAUCGUGAACAGAUUCCCGAAGAAGAGAGGAUCGGAGAUGAUUGUUUUGAAAGACUUGCUGCAGCCAUUUUCAGCAUACAGUUGUUAGCGAUAAAUCUUUCCAAAAAUGUUCUUACUGAGAGAGAUUUGAUUGCAACAGAGAUAGAGCUUCUUCAAUGUGUUAAGGAUGUGAAAUUUGUGGAAAGGACCAUUGGUGUUCUGAUGAAGGGACGGUCUCUUAAGUUGAAGCAUAAAGCAAAACAGACUUUGCCAAUGAAGGAGAGAACUGAGACUAUCUUCUGGACAAAAGUGGAUGGAGAGCUGAACAAGUGUUGGGGUGAGUCUUUCUGGGAGUAUGUUGCAGCAGCAAGACACUUGGAAUCUGUGAUUUCAUGUCACCGAAUUGUUUAUACACUCUGUAAGCUUUUCGUUUUCGGGUUUGAAUCGUAAGUUUCAGAGUAGGAGAAAGAGUGCUGUUUCUUUUUUGUUGGUUACGUGAUCUACAAGGAAGAUAGCAACUCAUGUACUAACUCAUUUUGGCACCUUUCUCUCUCUCUUUUUCUUUUUUGGUGAAACCACUAGAGACAUAAGAACAGAUCCUUGUAGUCAUUAUUUAUUCAUUCAGUUUUGUUGCAUUGUUUUCGAACUCAAAUGAAAUCAAAGAGAUGGA